UGAUGCUGUUUGAGGAAUUUGGUGCAGUUGGAUAUAAUAGUAUUAAUGUAGAUUUUUCAUACUUGGAGAGCCUUCGAGGAACUCACAUCUUUACUACUAAGGUAGAGAAGCUUUAUGAAAUUCAUAAAAACUUUGCUAGCCAAAUAGAAAAUGAUAUUAUAAGUCAAGUUAGAAAUAGCGAUGAUGAUGCUGAGUUCAUGCUUACUAUCAAUGAUUCACAAAUACUUAGAUAUAAUCAAGGUAAUAGAAAGAAUAGGGUUAGAAGACCUCGAAAAAUAUUACAAGAUAUAGAUUUAAAUAUUAGUGAAUCUAGUAAAAACAGAGAGAGAAAAUGUAGUAUUUGUAAUAAAGAAGGGCACAACGCACGUACUUGCCCUAAGGAAA